UCCGUUCUGAUACAUAUCAUCUAUUAUCAAUUAUAUAGCACAACUAAGUAAAUUGAAAUGAAACUAAUAAGAACGAAACUCGAUCGUGGCCAGCCGUAUCGAUUAAUCGAUCGAUCGCGUGGUGAUCAGUGACCAACUUCGAUACAAUACAAUACAAAAUAAUCGCGAGAAAAAGUUUGGAAAAUGACAAACUCGAUAUUUCCAAUUAUCCAGGCUCCUUAGAAGGGCGAGUCGAUAGGAUAGGAUCAUCAAACAGGAGGCGUCAAAUAAAGAAGGAUGGGCGAUAUUCUGAGAAAUUGGAUACAAGCUAGGCUAGGAAUCUUGACAGACUUACGCCCCGAGGUGUUCGGUUAUUACACAAGAGACGGCUCGCUUUUGGCCCAAAUUUUGCACAGCUAUGACAUAAUAACCCAAGAUCAAUUGGACAUGAUCAUCGUAACCCAAGACCCCGCCCUGUGCCGCGUCAAUUUGAGACAUCUCAGUUUUUGGCUACGGUUCGUCACUAUAAAGAUGGACGAUGACCUGAUCGAGGAGAUCUCGUGCGGCAAGGGGACCACGUCUCUCCGCCUCUUCUACAAGGUGUACCUUUGCCUCGAGAGCAAGGACAGAUUGCACUUUAUCACGCUUCAAAAGGAGAGGGAGAAAUUCGUACCCAUGUCGAAGAAGUUCGAUGUGAUCAGAGUCUGCGAGGAUCCGCCUCCUUACCAACCGUCGGAAAAUAAAUUGUCGAAGAAGCUGGUGAAGGGGCAGGACGUGAUCCAUUGGCAUCAGAACAAAGUUCCAAAGAUGCUUCGAUCGUAUAUCAAAAAAAAAAACGUUGCAGACGUGGAGUUGAAACGCGUAAACGUUGCCGAGCCGUGUUCCGUUUUCGAGGUAUCUACCAGCCCCUAGCUAGAAAGAUUCGCGUGACAGGAGUCUCGCGUCCAGGUACUCAUGCUUACGCGAGCUUUUUUUUUUUGUCUCUCUGAGGGGGGGUGUCGGGGUAAGAUGAGGAUUCACAAAACGAAAAUAAAUGUUUCUUAUACAAAAAAUAUUAUUUUGACAUUACAAUUGUAUUUAAAAUUCUGUUUUACAAAACGAAGGGAACGUGCUUUUAAAUAUUUGUUUCUAUGAUGCAUAAUCUUUAUUUCU